UGUAUACUGCAUAUGUAUAUGUAUGUAUGUUCUGUGACCGUGAUGAAAUGUAUGGUGUAGUAGGAGCAAGUAGGAGAUUCUUACGCAUAGGUUAUAUUUAAAGUAUUUAUCUUUCAAAUCAAUGUCGAUUUUCUACAGUUAAUCGCAACAAUAUUCAUCACUGCAAUAGGCGCAGUUACAGUAUGCAACAAUGAAAAAACUCAACGAAUUAUUCACAGUUUACUUCUUAUUACAAUAUUUGUAUGGUGUUUGUACGACGCACUUGCUCAUAAAUGUAAAAAAUCAGGGUGGUGAUAUUCUAUUAGAGACUAUUUCAUCAAAUGUAACAGAAGAUGUAAUCACAUUAGAAUUUCAAUGCUCGGAUGGUACUUUGGUAACACAGCUUAUCGACUUCAAAAAUGAAGUACAAAUUAUAAAAGCCUUGGUUUUGGGUGAAGAGGAACGUGGUCAAAAUCAAUAUCAAGUUUUAUGCUUUGUAAACCACUUCUUCAAAGUGGAUUUUAUAUCGUCUGAUGCUAUGUCUAAAUUAAGACAGAAAAAUCCUGGAACUGUUCGCAUAGCAGAAGAAGAUAAAGGUCAUGUGAAUUAUACCAUGGACCUAUUUUUGGAUGUAUCUGAAUCGAAAGAUAUUUCUAAACACAUUGCCACUCUUUGUGGAGAAGCAGCAGGAUCUGCUUACACUAGGAAUGAAGAUAUAAAACAAUGGAUUCAGAGACCUGGAUCAUCAGAGCUUCCGCUCAUGGCAGCUGUGUACAAUGUUAGCACAAAUUCUUUAACGCCACAAGGUACAAAUGAUUCAAAGCCAUUAUUUGUAACAAGAUGUGCAGAUACAUCAAAUAUUUGGGCACCUUGUACUUGUUCAUUAGAAUUAUGCAUUGGGUGGUACCCAUGUGGUUUGAAAUUUUGUAAAGGAAAAAGUGAUGGUAAAAAAGCUGCCACUCCAUAUAAGUGUGGCAUCAAAACUUGUAAAAAGUGUUUUAUAUUCUCAUAUUAUUCUAAAAUGAAGCAAAAUUGUUUAUGGGAUGAAUGACAUAUAAGAACACUGUAGGUGUGUAAGUUUCGAUUUACAGAGAAUGAUAGGAUUAUUUCAAAUAUGGAGAGCUUCAUUUAAGUCUAUCAUAUAACAUGUUUUCAUAAAUAUUUUCUUGUUCCACUUUUUAAAACCGAAUUUAAACUUCUAAGUUAGUUAGAUACAAAUGCAGAAUUUAUUUGAUUAAUUAUGCGAAUUUCGCAAUGCUCACGUAUACAAACUCAUACCCACAAGAUUCAUUUAUUACAGCAAUAUUUCUCAGAACUGUUAUUUGAAUUAUAUAUCAAAAUAUUUUUAAACAUAAGUAACAUGGUAUAUCACAAAAUUUAAAAGCAAUUUUCAUUAAAUUUGUAGUCGUACUCUCACAUCUAUAGAUUUUACUGAAUGGAUACAUUUGUAACAGCAAUAUUCGUAAUCUUUUAAAAUAAUAAUCAAUGCACUCUAGGGAAAGAUGGUAUAAGAAAUGCAAACAAAUAUUUAAGUAAAAUAAUUUCAUUUUGAAGAAUCUAAAAAUCAUUUUAGAGUAUGUAUCUCACUUCGUGUUUUCAUCUCGACACAUUCCCAAGUUGAUCGUUUAGUAAACUUAUCAGGUAUAUAAACAUUCCUAAGAUUGCUCACUAUAUGCACAAUGUGUGAUAAGAAUAGCAACAAAAAGGCACAUCGCAUCAAAUGAUUUUAAUUAAACUGGAUCGCUGUUCAUAGAGCGAGAUAAAUUUUAUUAUGUGACUACUUUACACGUAUGCAUAUAUGGUUGUUUAGUCAGAUUCUAAGUAUUCACGUACUUUGUCACAAAGAUGAUUUUUUAUAGAUAACGUGCGGUCGUUCAAAUCAUUCACGAAUUUGAGAAUGACUGCCCCUUCUUCACAUUUACAACUGUUGGUUGUAAACGACGGCUAACAGUGAGAACAGUGUGGGUUACAAAUAAUCCAUUCAGGAUAUUGUAAAUUAGUCAUUUAUGUGUGAAGCUACAAUGCAUUAUGCGUGUCUGUACAGAAUUUUAUACAUAAUUUGUAAUGCUGCCAUUUAUCGGUAUAAGAUAGAUUCCAAUUGUAUAUGGUGCAAGAUUCACAUUGUAAUAUAUGCAUAGUUGAACACGAAAGUAUUUGAAUUUUUAUAAGUAUACAUAGAUGCAAUUAAAGAUAUUAGAAUCAUGUUAGCAAAAUUUUUAAUUGUAAUUUUUCUUUUAGUUGUUUUUGCAUUGUUUCAAUAAUAACGUUUACUUACUAUAUCUAUUAUUUCAAUAAUGAAAUUUUAUGCAAGCUUUGCUAAUGUAAUUCUAACUCAUUAUAGUUUCAGGAAUGUAUUGAAGUAUUACAUUCAAUACAGAUACCUCAUUUAACAAAAGCGUUAUUAUUCAAAUACUUUCAUGCUUGACUGGAUGUUUAAAUUCAGGAAGCACACACCUAAAUUAGGUCUGUACAUAAGUAUAUUAGGUCUCUUCCAAAAAUUGAAUUGUAUAGUCUGUAUUAUAAGAAUUCGAAUAUCAUUCGGGCGAAUGAUAUUAUCAGUUUAAGAGACGACGAGUGACAGAACCCUCUCGUGCAUUCCCUUAUGGGAAAAUUGAUGUCCUUCGGGGCUAGAACGGCAGGGGUUUGCACUCAUUGUGCUGACGCUAAUCUUUCUAUUCCGGCAUCGUUGAAUGCUCUUUAAGAUAGUCAGGUUUCCCUCGAUAUUUCCUGAUCGCUCAAUAUCGGGUUUCCCCCUGGGGUGUCGCUUAGAGAAUCGCACUACCAUUAAGCGGGAUUUUUUACGUGGCCUGGCACACGUUCGAAGGACAAGAACAAAAAUACACAUUCGAUAGCGAAUAGCUAUUAACAAGACUGCAAUAUCUGUCCAAUUUAACAAUAAAUUUAGAGUAUGUAUUCAGACAAGACACAGUCUUCGCGCUUCCUUAUAAACGCAAAUUGUAUCUGAAGAAAUUUUUAAUGUAAAAGGAAAGGGUUGCAUAUACUUACUCUUUCGAUCGAGUACCUACAGAAUUUGUACCAUUUCAAUGCAAACGAUGGUGUUGCAAAGUUAGUGGUAGAACUCGGGUUCUUACUAGCAGCUGCAUCUGUUAGAGAAAUAAAAGUUGCACAUCGUUUGUCAUGAAUGGACUGCGGAUUUCAUGCAUUUACGAUAUAAAUUUAAAACAGUAACAUUAGAAUCUAAGUAUCACAAUAUUAAUUUCAAUUUCUAUGUGCUGCAUAAGAAUUCGCAAUUCAAUCGUGAACUUUAUUACACAAGUAUGAAAAUAGGGGUGAACGCACACUGCAGCAUUUUGCUACAUCGCGAAAAGAUUAUUAUAGAUGCAGUUUAUACUUGUGCACAAACAUAAGCUGUAUCUACAAAAAUCUUGUCACGACAAAAAGAGGCAGUGUAUUUUCAUCUGAAGCCAUUGUGGCUGCUCGAUGGAAUAAUUUGUACGAGUUACGUUCGCGAACAGUAACGUACGUUUGUGUAAGUUUGUACAUGUAUAUACACAUACGCGAAUAAGUUAUAUAGCCAGCGAACAAAUUGUAGAUUAAUCGCAAGAUUGAGACACUGUUAGCACGUCGAUAAAUUAUGUGUUAUUAACAUGCAUGUUUAAAAGAUAAGCGAAAACAUACGCGAAUUUAUGAGGGUAUAGUUACUAAUUUUACCAUGGUCCAAAAUGGAGGAAAUAUUAUAAAACAAUUGUUCCUGUUCGAAGGACUUACUCAUUCAUUGUUAAUCGUUUCUAAAGGAAAGAAAGGGAAAAGCAAACGUACUGAUUUACCACGAUAAACAAUUUACAACUGGUUGCAAGGGAUUUCAUUUUCUUUUCGAGUGACGAAUGUGAUUGUACAAUAAGGGAGAAAGGGGGUGCGUUGUAGCAUCUGAAUGUUUUUCUAUCGAUACACACCGAAUAAGAAUUCGAUAUGACACACCGAGUAUGAUUUCAACUUUACACAUGACAUUGUAAUUUAUACACAUAUUUUUUAUAUAUAUAUUUAAUAAAAAGAAUGAAUAAAUAAUUAGGGCGUUAA